AUGAAUAGAUUUGUUUCAUUAUUUGUUUUUUAUCUAUUGAUUUUUACCUGUAAUGGUAUUAAUGUAAAUAAUGAAAAUAUAAAUUUAAAAAUAUCAAAAAAUUUAAAUUUCCAUUUUGAAUAUAAUUUUAAUAAUAAUAAAGAUAAUACUACUGCCAAUUUAAAUAAUAAUUUUAAUAUUAAUAAUAAUAAUAAAGAUGAAUCAAAAAUUUGGAUAUUUUUCAAUUCAAAAGAAACUAAAAAAUCAAAUUUAUUAAAAAUUAGUAAAGAAUCAACUAAAAGAAGAAUAAAUAGAUCUUCAUCUUUAAAAUCAAAUUUAAAUUUUAUUGAUGAAAAUGAUUUAAAAGUUUCAAAUGGUUACAUUAAUAAAAUUUUAAAUUGUUCAAAUAAUAAAAAUAUAAUUGAAUUGAAUCAUAAAUCAAAUUGGUUAAAUUCAAUUUCAAUCAAAAUUUCACCAUCAAUUAUAAAUAGAAAUGAUGAAAUAAUAACAUGUAUUACAAAUUAUUCAUUUGUAAAAUCAAUUGAUUUAGUUUUAAAAUAUAAAAGAAAUACCAAUCUUAAACAAAAUUUAAAAAAUAAUGAAGAAGAAGAAAAAGAAAAUUAUAAAAAUUUAAAAACAACAAAUAAUGUAAUUUAUGAUGAAAAUUUUUAUGGUAAAACAUAUUUAGGUAUUAAUCAAUUAAAUAUUAAUAAAAUUCAAGAAUUAGGAUAUAAUGGUAGUGGUAUAAUUAUAUUGAUAUUAGAUUCAGGAUUUUAUAAAUCUCAUCAAGUAUUUCAACAUUUGAAUAUAAUUGAUGAAUAUAAUUUCGUUGAUAAUAUAGUUGAUACAUCAAAUAACUAUCAAGGUUAUGAAUCAAGUACAGCACAUGGUACAGCAACAUUAUCAUUAUUGGCAGCAUAUAAUCCUGGUGUUAUGGUGGGUGCUGCAUAUGGUAGUUCAGUAUUAUUGGGAAAAACUGAAGAUGUUAGAAGUGAAACACAAGUUGAAGAAGAUGAUUGGAUAGCUGCAAUUGAGUGGGGUGAGAGGUUGGGUGCAACUUUGGUGUCCUCAAGUCUAGGUUACACAGAUUGGUACAAAUUCUAUCAAAUGGAUGGUACCACUAGGUUGGCUAAAAUAGCCGAUAUUGCAACAGAGAAAGGUAUGCUAAUUGUCAACAGUGCUGGUAAUGAUGGUGCAAAAGGUAUUGGCUCACCUGCAGAUGGUAAAUAUGUAAUAUCAGUUGGUGCAAUAGAUCAAAAUGGAAAUGUUGCUCCAUUCUCAUCUAUUGGCCCUUCAUCUGAUGGUAGAGUGAAACCUGAUGUUAUGGGACUAGGUGUUAAAAAUUAUUAUGCAUCUCCAACUGGUUAUUCAAGUUAUGCAAUUGGUAGUGGUACUAGUUUUUCAUGUCCUUUGGUUGCAUCAGGUAUUGCAUUAUUAAUGCAAGCUCAUCCAAAUUGGUCACCAAUUCAAAUUCAAGAAGCAUUAUUAAAAACUUCUUCAAAUUAUUUAAAUCCAAAUAUUUAUUAUGGUUAUGGUAUUUUUAAUGCAUUUAAUGCAUUUAAUUAUAAAUUUAAUAAUAGUUUUAAUAAUGAUAAUAAUAAUUGUUCAACUAAAGGUUGUUCUGGGUAUGGUGGUUGUUGUAAUGACAUUUGCACCUGUGCAGUAACACAUUAUGGUGAGUAUUGCCAAUAUGAAAAAAUUGGAUGUACUUUUGCUCAGUGUAAUAAUAGAGGUGGUAAAUGUCAAAUUGAUAAAUUCAAUCAAUCAUUCAUUUGUAUUGAUUAUAAAGAUAAUAAUAAUAAUAUUAUUUCAUCAUAUGAUCCAAGAGAUAUUUGUCCAAUUUGCACCAAUGCUAGUUUCAAUAAAUGUGGUUUAUGUGGUGGUAAUGAAAGUCAAUGUAUACUAGAUAAUCAAAGAUUUGUUGAUAGUUCUAAUAAUAAUAAUAAUCAAGAUUAUGAUGAUGAAAAUAAUAAUAUUUCCCAUAGAAAUAAAUUAAUAAUUGGUUUAACUGUUGGAAUUGGUGGUUUCCUUUUAUUAUCAAUUUCUUUAACUUUAAUCAUUUUAAAAAAUAGAAAUUUAUCAAAAAGAAAAAAUCAAAAUAAUUUAAAACUUGACGAAAUUAAUAAAUAA